AUGGGAACCUUCCACGAAGACRUCCCCGACCACAUCUACACAUGGAUUCUCCAGCAAAAGAUGCUCUGGGUAGCCACAGCCCCACUCUCCAAAACCGGCCAUAUCAACGUCAGCCCCAAAGGAGGAGAAUACUUUGGCCUCCUCAACAACAAGACCUUCUGGUACAUGGAUCUCACGGGCAGUGGAAGCGAAACCAUCAGUCAUUUGCGGGAAAAUGGGAGGAUCACGGUCAUGUUUAAUGAGUUUUCGGGUUCGCCGCGUAUUGUGCGGUUGUGGGGUUAUGGGAGAAUUCUCGAGCGAGAGUCAUCGGAAUUCCGAACCUUUGCUGCCGAAAACAAGGUCGAGGUUAUACCUGCCAGUCGAUCCAUUAUCGUGGUGGAUGUGCAUCAAGUUGGCGCAUCAUGCGGUUACUCGGUUCCUUAUUAUGAAUUCAAAGCGCAUCGCAAGACGUUGAAUCAAUUGUUUGAGAAGAGGCAGAGUAAUUUUGAAAAGGGCAAGAAGGAAGAUGGGAUGGAUAGAUAUUGGGCGUACAAGAAUGCUUGGUCUAUGGAUGGUCUGCCUGCUAUGCAACGAGGUCUGGAUACCGGCGCAAAGGAAAAGGUCGAGCCUAUUCAUAAAAUGGUUGGACCGUACGCGCCGGCUGCUCCGUUUGGCCCGGAAUCUUUCAAGCUGAGUUCUCAGUUGAGACAUCAAUUCAUCAAGCUGGAGAGGACUCAGAUAUCACUCCGGAGUGUUUUGUUAAUAGCCCUACUGACAUUUCUGCUGGGUGUGUUGGUUGCUGGGUAUGCGCCGGUGGUUGUUGCAUCGCAGCGAUUCAAACUCGAGAGGGCUUUACUGUGA